GUCUUGGUCUGUGCCUCGGUUUCCCUAGCACUAAAAUGGGUCAGCUAAGUGUCCCCACUGGAAACUCCCUUUCUGUGUUGUUGGCAGCCUCAGAAUGGGUCGAAUGUUUGUCCAGGUCUCGGAGGGUCUGAAGGGCUUGGAUCUGGGAGGGGCAGUGAGGCUGGAGGAAGGCAGGAGGAAGGCCUGCACCCUGGGCUGCAGGCGACCUCACCGAAGCCCGCAGGGGACUGGGGGCGCGGGUUGAGGGGCUCCGGAGCUCCCCAGCCAGGUGGUGGCCGAACAGGGAUGAGAGACACAGCAGCUAGGCCGGGCUGGGGCAGGGCCAGCGCCAGGGCCAAGGGCAGGGAACCCGAGGCCAUGUGCCCCCUCCACGUUCCCAGCCACCUUCUCCAUUUCCUGCUCCCUCUUCUGUGACCCUUUUCAUCUGCAAAGGAGGCUGGUGCUGUCCAGGUUCAAAGCUCAGUUUUGUUUACUAUUUAUUGGCUGUAACUGUAGAUGAGGUGUUCUGAGCACCUUAGGUGUAUUCCUUUAUUCAGUCCUUCUGACGGAGGCACAGAGGUUCCCUGUAAAUAGUGGAUCUCCUUUUGCUCUUUACUUCUCAGUGAAUCUCGAGCCAGCCUCUCAGCAUCUCUGUGCCUCAGUUUCUUCACCUACGCAGUGGGGGUAUAGAGACUCCAUGGCAUAGGGCCGUGGUGAGGACUGAAUGAAUGGAUUUAUGCAGAAGAGCCUGCAGCAGCGCCCAGUCCACAGUCGGCUGCCCUGGGCUGGAUAAAUGCCUCCCCUCCCCUGGCCUUGGUUCACGUAGUGUCCUCAGCCAAGAGUGCGCUUCCUGUCUCCACCAUCGUUCUAGGGCUCUCCAGGUCACGGGCAUGAUGCUCCGGGUUCUGGUGGGGGCUGUCCUCCCCACCAUGCUGCUGGCCGCUCCACCGCCCAUCAACAAGCUGGCGCUGUUUCCGGACAAGAGUGCCUGGUGCGAGGCCAAGAACAUCACCCAGAUCGUGGGCCACAGUGGCUGUGAGGCCAAGUCCAUCCAGAACAGAGCGUGCCUCGGCCAGUGCUUCAGCUACAGUGUUCCCAACACCUUCCCGCAGUCCACGGAGUCCCUGGUGCACUGCGACUCCUGCAUGCCGGCCCAGUCCAUGUGGGAGAUUGUAACGCUGGAGUGCCCCGGCCACGAGGAGGUGCCCAGGGUGGACAAGCUGGUGGAGAAGAUCCUGCACUGCAGCUGCCAGGCGUGUGGCAAGGAGCCGAGUCACGAGGGGCUGAGUGUCUACGUGCAGGGCGAGGAUGGCCCGGGCUCCCAGCUGGGCCCCCAUCCCCACCCCCACCCUCACCCCCACCCUGGUGGGCAGACCCCUGAGCCUGAGGAUCCCCCGGGCCCCCCCCACACUGAGGAAGAGGGGGCUGAGGACUGAGGCCCUCGACUUGCUCCCCUCUCAUCCCCCAUGGAAUGCUGGGGGAAGUGUGUGGGGAGAGGCUGAAGCCCCCCUUUGGCACUGGAUGGACUUGGACUUGGAGUGCUUCCCAGUUGCCAUGGAGAUCUGCAGGGAGGGGUUGGAGCCAAGCUGCACAAUUUAAUAUAUUCCAGAGUGGGGGGAGGAAGCAGAGGUCUUCAGGGUUCUUUUUUGGAGAAUGGGAUUCCCUUCCUUUCUGCCUCCUAAAGAUGUGCCCUGGGGAAGGGGGGGAAGGGGAGGAAGUUGGCUAAGCUGCUGAGGGGUGGGUGAGGCCAUCCAAGAUGGCGGGAGCCAGGCUAAGGCCCACACGAUCUCUGGUGGGGCAGGGCCCCUGGGGUGCAGUGGUGGAGCUGGGCACUGAGCAGAGGGUGGGUACCUCGCCAGCAGCGGCCCUGAAGGAGGGCAUGGGUCCGGACUAGGAAGGCCACUGGCUAAAGCAGGGAGCUCCAGCCCGUGCCCCACAGGCUUCUCCAGAGGCUGCUGCUCACCCCACUCCUGUGCUAGGGCAGCUUCUCUGCAUGGCCCCAUGGUGGCCCCCCACCCAUGGUUCGGAGUCAGGCCUGGGCAGGACCCUACUGACUCGUGGCGCUGGAGCCAGGGGCUAGGCUCUUUGGGCCUCUGGCUUUCUUGGCUUUUCAGGGGUCGGAGGAAGGCAAGGGAGGACCCUUCCUAGGCUAGGGCGUGGCAAUGACCGCCCCCAUCACCACAAACAGCAUCCUUCCCUCUUGUCUCCGAGAUCUUAGUGCUUCCCACUGCCCCCAAGUCCCAGGCCCCUCAGAAAGCCGAUGGAGCCAGCCUCACCCUGUUGUGGGAACUUUUUCUAAAUAUUUGAUUUGGGGAGGGGUCACCCUGACUCAGAUUCCAAGGGAGGGCCUGGGUGGGAUGGACACCAGCUAAGCCUCAAGAAAUUAGGAGGAGAGGCGAGGGCCUCCUGUGGGGGGCGUGUUCCCUGUGGCUCUCCAGCUGCCCCAUCCCAGCAGCCUCGCCCCUCCCACUGCACUUUAACCCUGGAGGGGGUGAGGGACCCAGACCAGGGCAGGGAAGCACUGCCUGUGUCUGCUCCUCCGUCCCAGGCAGCGUCCAGCCCUACCAGCUCCCGCCUGGGGCUGCCCGCCUGUCACAGCUGUUCUGACAAGAGCUUCUGGAGCUUGUAACCAGUAGAUUGUCUCCCUGACGGACCCUGAGUUUCCUCACGAAUAAAUUCGUUCAGCGCCUGUGUUUCCUUCCUCA